UUAAGCUUCAUAUUUCGGGUGAGUGGAGGUAUAUAAGAUCCAGGGAUCGGGCUUGGUGGUAACUGCAGUUGGCAGAUUCAAAGAGCUUGCGAACCCACUCUAGCACCUCAAGCAACACUUGAGAAAAUGGCUCUCGCUAGUCUACUGAAAGGUGCUGACAUUGAUGCAGCCCUGAAGGCAUGUGAAGCUAAAGACUCCUUCAAGCACAAGGACUUCUUUGCCAAGAUUGGCCUUGCCACAAAGUCUGCUGCUGAUCUCAAGAAGGCCUUUGAAAUCAUUGACCAGGACAAGAGUGGCUUCAUUGAGGAGGAAGAGCUGAAACUGUUUCUGCAGAACUUCAAGGCUGGUGCUAGGGCUUUGACUGAUGCUGAGACGAAGGCCUUCCUUAAAGCUGGUGACGCAGAUGGUGAUGGCAUGAUUGGAGUUGAUGAGUUCUCUGUUAUGAUCAAGCCAUAGAUCUUGACCAAACAACACUUCUUCAAGGAACAACACUGCCCACGACCUCCUUUUUCAUCACUUUCAGCCAACUGAUUUUUAUACAGUACAUGUGCUUUAGACAUGCCUGCGGAUUGUCCUCUCCCAUGUAGCACUCUGUCCAAAAUUAUGACUGUCAAUGUAAUGUGGUUGUGUCUCAUGUCCUGAGUAUGAAUUUUGGUAUUUCUGCACUUUUCGGGAACGGACGAUGAGAAAAGAAUAAAUUUUCUUUUUCUUUA